AUGGUUAAGAAGCUCGCCAAAGUUAAGAGAGUAGUCGCUACUCCAGCUGGUAAAGGAAACAAGGGUUCCCUCCCUAAUCAUCUUUUGGAGAAGAAAAAGAAGAACUUCAGAAUUGGCGGAGAUAUUCAGUAUAAGAGAGAUCUCUCAAGAUUUGUCAAGUGGCCAAGAUAUGUGAGAAUUCAGAGGCAGAAGAAGAUUAUCUUCCAGAGACUAUCCGUUCCAGGAGCCAUCAACCAGUUCACUCACACCUUAGAGAGAGACCAGGCUAACAAGCUUUUCAAGCUCCUCUCUAAGUAUACUCCAGAGAACAAGAUUGAGAAGAGACAGAGGCUUAAGGAAGAGGCUAAGGCCAAGGCCGAUGGAAAGGAAGCCGCUCAGGGAUCUAAGCCAUUGGUUGCCAAAUUCGGAUUAAACCAUGUCACCACUCUUGUUGAGAACAAGCAAGCUCAAAUUGUUGCUAUUGCUCAUGAUGUCGUUCCAAUUGAAUUGAUGAUCCACCUUCCAGCCUUGUGCAGAAAGAUGGGAGUCCCAUACUGUUUCGUUAAGGGAAAAGCCAGACUUGGAAAGAUUGUCAAUCAGAAGACCGCUACCUGUAUUGCUUUGACUGAAGUUAAGAAAGAAGAUGAGCACGACUUGAAGACUCUCGGACAAUUCUUCGACGCUACUUACAACCAGAACUCUGGUAUUAGAACCGUUUGUGGAGAACCAGUCUUCGGAAUCAAGAACCAGAACAAGAGAGGCAGAGGAAAAAGGAGAUCUUAAAUCUAAGCUUUCUUACAUAUAAUUUCAAAAUAA